AGCGGUGCUGCCGCGCCCCCUGGUGGCCGGCGAGGAUUGGCGGAGCGCCGCGUCGCGGGGCGGUGCCGCGGGGAGGCCGGGCGCUGAUUGGCGGGGCGGGGCCGCCGUCUUGGGCUGGAGGGCAGCGAUGGGGGCGCAGCUCAGCACGCUGGGUUGGGUUGUGACAUACCCAUUAUGGCUCAUCUACAGCACCAUCCGGAGGCUUUUUGGGAACCCCCGUCCUGCAAUCACUCUGAAGGAUCCUGAAGUGAAGUAUGCAUUGAGGCUGAUUGAUAAAGAGGAAGUAAGUCAUGACACAAGGAGAUUUCGGUUUGCUCUCCCUUCCGUGGAUCAUGUUCUGGGUCUACCAAUAGGACAGCAUAUCUACCUGUCUGCACGGAUCGAUGGGGCGCUGGUUGUCAGACCGUACACUCCGAUUUCCAGUGACGAUGACAAGGGCUUUGUGGAUCUCGUUAUCAAGGUUUACAUGAAAGGCGUCCAUCCAAAAUUUCCUGAUGGAGGGAAGAUGUCUCAGUACUUGGACAGCCUGAAAAUAGGGGAUACCAUUGACUUCAGAGGACCAAGCGGCCUGCUUGUCUACAAAGGAAAAGGCGAGUUUGCUAUUCGACCUGAGAAGAAAGCUGAACCAGUUACUAAGAAAGUGAAGUAUGUAGGGAUGAUCGCAGGUGGGACUGGGAUAACACCUAUGCUGCAGAUCAUUCGAGCAAUCAUGAAAGACAAGGAUGACUGCACAGUUUGCCAGCUGCUGUUUGCUAAUCAGACUGAGAAAGAUAUCCUGCAACGCUCAGAGCUGGAGGAGAUCCAGGUUCAGCACCCCAAUCGUUUUAAGUGUUGGUAUACGCUGGAUAGAGCACCUGAAAAUUGGGAUUACAGCCAAGGAUUUGUGAACCAAGAUAUGAUCAGAGAGCACCUGCCCCCACCUCAGAGCGAUGUUCUGAUCCUCAUGUGUGGACCUCCUCCCAUGAUCCAGUAUGCCUGCAUUCCCAACCUGGACAAACUGGGCUACGCCAAGGACAUGAGGUUCUCUUUCUAAUGAAGGCUGAUACUUCAGCGGUCUCGUGAGGAAGGGAAGAAAAAACAGUUAAUGGGGAACAAGACAAAGUUAGAGACGGCUAAUGCACAGUGCUGGGAAGCUGCAUUUACAUUAAAAUUUCUUCAUUUUUACUGAAUGUCUGGCAAGUUAGACACUGAAGCUUAACUAUAUCAUAACCGUACUGUACGUUACACAGAAACAACCGUCUUGCAGAGACGUAGCAAUGCAUAGUUCUCAGCUAUAUUGUACUUGCCACGUCUGUCCUAUAGAAAGACUAUACUCCAUCUCAAGGCAGGAAAGUACAGCUUCUUAGGGCAGCAGAUACUCAUUUACACUCUUCUUAGCACUGUAAUCAAAUGGCAGUAAUAUCCCACUUCCUAACACUGUGCAUACCCAGUAUUUUAUUUGGUGUGAAGUAAGUAUGAAAUACAUAGAAUGAGCUGGAUUAUUCACCCUGCUUAUAUCAAACUUUAAUCUUUAAAGAGCUGUUACGGUGUGAGGGCUGGGAGCGUUUGCCUGGUGUGCAUAAUCUUUGCACCAUCAGGAGCUUAAAGAUGUUUGUUUGGAGGAUGACAGUUAACCACGUGUGACUGAAGUUGUUUAAGUAAGUAACUAAGUAAGUUGCCUUGUUAAUCAAAAUAGAGGGGUAGACAGCAAUAUAAAAUUUGUUUCCUGUGUAUUUUGGAAUAGCCUCUUUUACGUGGAAACACUUUUCCAGCUGCUCACAUCCCUGGGCAACGAAAGAAACUCUGGACAGCAGGAGCUGUACGCACUGUCCUGGAAAUCUUUGCUUGUAUAUGUGCUGAGUACUGAAAAAAUACUGACUUGUGUAUUUACUUUUAAAUAACAGACAGUGCCAUAGGAGUGGGAAAGUGAUUGUUAUGCAGGUUCUGUGCAGUGAAAAAGUGCUGGGUGAAAAUUGGAUCUGGUUUUAGUUCCUUGUUUCCCAGAGCUGGGUUAGGAACAAGGGUCACUCAGGCAGCGCAGCCAGGCUGGGGUUCGGCGUGCAGCCCAGCUCAGCGCUGGGUGCUGGCAGAUGGGAUGCGCCUGCACACCUUGCUCCGGCAGAGCUCCAAAGAAGUAAGGAUUGCAAGGGAACAGCCUUAAGCCACCCAACUGACAGCAGAUUCAAAUGUAUCUCUGAAUCCAAAACGUAUUUCUUACGUGCUGUUUAUUGUAGCUUUGAUUUGUUUUUAAUAUAAUUUUUACAGCAGCCUUUCACCUAACCUUUAGUAAACUUCAUGCUUCCCGCAAGCCACACCUUCUGCAUCCAUGCACACUGAUGCUGCUGAGGUUGGGGCUGUCCUGCGAGGAGUGCAGGAGACUGAAAGUCGGGGUCUGGUGAUGAAAUCACAGUGAGGGAAAGGAUGGUGAGUGGAGUCAUAGAAUCACCAGAGUUGGAAAAGACCUCCAACAUCAUCUGGUCCAACCGUCCACCUACCACUAAUAUUUCCCCACUAAACCAUGUCCCUCAGUACCACGUCUGAAGUAAUGUGGUUGCAAGUUAGCUGCAGGUAUUGGUGUGUCAUACAUGUCACAUUUUUAAAGCUUUGGGCAGGUAUUUGAGGCUAUAACUUGUACAGGCACAAAAGCAAGCAGGGCAACAGCUGUGUACUGUGCACUUACUUAAAAGGUGAGUUUUCAGCAGCAAUUAAAAGAAGAGGAUACUACAGUUAAUUUAAAGAACCUGGAAGGAAUAAUACUAUUAAGUUUAUUUAUUUUAUUAAAUAGACUCUUGCCUCUGAAAUUUUGAAUAUUUGAUGUGUGUUUCUGAAAAUCAUUUUAAUAUCGUGCUCCAGAGGUCAGUCCUUUUUUUUUGUGAGGCAAAAAGCAGAAAUCUGAGAUGAGUUGUUGUGCGGCUGGUUUACAUCACUGCGGAAUAAACAGGUUUUUUUUUUCAUGACUGUAUUUAAUGAAGUGUUCAUGUCAAAAAUAAAUAACUCGCUGGGAACGCAGCAACAUUUUUGUAUAACUAACUCCGCUUUUCUAAUUACUGGGUUUUUUUUUUCACGUCUCUCUAAGAAAUAAAUGAUCCUGCAGGUGCCUCACCUGUGUGUUACGUAUCCCAUCGCCUUCAUAAGAGACAAACUGUAACUGCAGAGUACUCCAGAAAGUGAAUGCUUAAGAACCCCCGAAUCUGCUCGCCCAACUGUUUGCGCUGGAGAUUGUUGCAAACUGCUGAGUCAAGGAUUAAACUACUGCUGUUUUCUGCCUGUCUCCAAUCUAUCCGUUUUGCCUUUACUUUGUACAUCUUCCUUGUGAACAUGAAGCUCUUUUAUUAAAAGGGGGAUUUUUAUAUAAUCUGAUGAAAAAAAUGGUGCCCCGAUCCCUUUUGCUUGAUGGUCCUGUACUGUGGCAUUUAAACAAGUAAUAAAAGCUGGUUUUUGCAUCGUU